GGCUGCAUAAAUCUUCCUGUAGCCAGGCGAUGUUGGCAAUCCGUAUUGCCUCGCGGGGACGUGCUUGGUAUUUUAAAAAGAUAAAAUACGACUCGCUUCCUGUGUCUCCCCACCGUAGCCAGCGGCGACGCAGCUCCGUCUCUCAGGUUUUGUUGAACCAUGAACAUCCAUCUUACUCUCCAAAAUUCGAAGAGCUGGAUAUGAUGACCAUUUUACACUUGGCAGCAGAUAGUUCAUAACAUUCAAAAGGCCACUCACAUCUAUCAACUGCGAAAAGGACAUCGAAGCUGCUUUUGUUAACAGCUGCUGCAAAUUAUAUGGCAUAUUGUCACAGGCGUGACUUUUUGUUUUGUGAUCUUUGUGGGACAUUGCUUUCAUUGGAUUCGCUCAAGCAUGCAGAAUGCCCCCUAUGUGGAUUCAAACGGAACAUGAAAGAAAUUGAAGGAAGGGAAACAUGCUACACUAUCACUGCUGAGGACAUUAGAAGGGAGCUAAGCAUCGAACCUUUUGUGAAACUUGGCACAAUGACCAUGGAAGUAAAGGUGCAAAAGCCACUGACGAACGAGCCCUGUCCAGAGUGCGGUCACCCACAACUUGAAUAUGAAACUAAACAGAUGAGAUCAGCAGAUGAGGGGCAGACUACUUUCUAUACAUGCCCAAACUGUGGACACAACUUUUCCAACUCGUAAAUUUCAUCUUUUGCUCGGAUUCAAAUUUGGUUCAUGCUAUAUAGUGCAAGAUUGAUUGUGAGAGCUGAGAGGUGAGCUCUCUCAAUGUGAAAAACAGUUUUUUCAACAGCAUGCAGGUGACGAUUUUCAGCAGCAAAAAAUCCGACACUUUGAAAAUAAAUAAAUAAAUGGGAAUCAUAUAUAAACAUCUAGUAAUUAGCUGGUUGUUGUUGCA